UUCCGGGUUCAGUGAGAUGUUCGUUUCUGCGAGCGUGAUUUUACAGGGUGAUGACGAGUUGAAAAAAAGAGUUGAUGAAGGAGGCUCAGCGAGGAGGAGGGUCACAAACUUCCCCGCGUAAAGCAGCGACGAGCUGCUCCUUCCAACAUUCUCAGUCUGGAACAGCGAGGAGGAGAUGAUCCCCGGACAGCGCGGGAGUCCUCUGCUGCUGACCGUCACCUGCUUGUCCUUCUCAGGGGGGCUGCUGUGGUCCUUCCAGGAGGAAGAUGCGUCCAACGGGGACGGUUGUUCUGAGGGUCACAUCUCCACCACCAAGUAUCCCUGCCUCAAGUCCUCUGGCGAAGUUACCACUUGUUACAGGAAGAAAUGCUGCAGAGGAUUUAAGUUUGUGUUGGGCCAGUGCAUUCCUGAAGAAUUUGACGUGUGCGCCGGCGCCCCCUGUGAGCAGCAGUGUACGGACCAUUUCGGGAGAGUAGUGUGCACCUGUUACCCCGGUUACCGCUAUGAUCGGGAGCGCCACCGAAAUAGGCAGAAGCCAUAUUGUCUGGACAUUGACGAAUGUGCGGAAAAGAACGUAAGCGUCUGCUCUCAAAUCUGCCUCAACUCGGUGGGAAGCUACAGGUGUGAGUGUGAGAAAGGCUAUUUCCUGGAAGAAGAUGGGAAAACAUGCACCAAGGGGGAAAGAGCACUUCAUCUCUUUGAUGAACCAGAUAAGGCCAAGAACACUGGAACCUGCUCACUGUCCUGUGACGAUUUCAACCAGCUCAAGAUGUCAGUUCUGCAGCUAAAACAGAAGAUGUCCAUGCUGUCGAACAGCGCUGACGUCCCAGAGCAGAUGACAAGUGAAAAAAUCCUGACGCCCUUUAUUUUAAUGGGCCCUCCAGGACCCCCUGGUGCUCCAGGUGACCAAGGUCCAGUCGGACCUCCAGGACAGUUGGGGAAGGCCGGCCCGCCAGGACCAAGGGGUAAUAUGGGACCCAUUGGACCCACGCCAGACCUGUCCCAUAUUAAAAAGGGAUCUCGUGGCCCUGUGGGGCCUCCAGGAGCACCAGGUAGAGAUGGUCUGAAGGGGUCCAGAGGAGCUCCAGGGCCAGCUGGUCCACCAGGUCCACCUGGCUCUUUUGACUUCCUCCUGCUGCUGAUGGCCGACAUUCGGAAUGACAUAGCUGAACUGCAGAACAAGGUGUACGGGCGCCCUCCCAACCUUCCGGGGGAGGGCAUUCCAGAUUUCCCCGAUGGCUGGGGGGACCAGCCGGACAACUUGGACUUUGGCUCGGGUGACAGGGAGUACAAGGAAACUCCGAGAUCUGGUGGAGGAUCCAGGAGGAACAGGAAGAAGAAACCAGCACGAGAGAGAAAAGGCUUGGACGGGGAUUAUUGAUUUUCAGUAUUUUUAUGUGAUGUAUAUAUUGUUUUUUUAUUUAUCUGCUGGGUGAAUUACCUUCUUUUUUUAAUCACAGAUGUUUAUUUUUCUAUAAUAUACAAAAUACUUUUUAAAAAAAAACAGUAAGAGCAAAUAUAAUGGAAAGAUACCUUACCUUGUGUGUAAGAAUAAUUACUCCAGAUUUCAUUUUGUUGCCACUUAAUCCCCUACUAAUUCAUAUCAUAUUCACAAGGAAACUAUUAAGAUCAAAUGCCACUGAGAGAGCGGGACAAAAGGAAGCACUGGGGGGAAAAAAGGGAAAAGUUGCUACAGUCUUGACAAUCCUGCUCUUUUUUUUUAAUCUAUCUAUAAUAUGUGAAUGGCAUCGUGGUACUAUUUUAAGUUUUACUUUAAAUAAAGUCACUUUCUGUCUGUACCUGGCAAUGACUAUCAAUUGCCAAUGAAACAGUGUAUGUAUUUCAGGAGGGUCUUUUCUGCACUAGAGGGCGACAUUUCAAAGCUGAAAACCAAUGGAUGACGUAAUUCAUUCAUAGCCGUAUGUUCCCACGACGAACUGACAUGCGACCAGUUUAAAGCGACCUGUGAAAACUACCACACAUCGCAACAUUGUGACUUUGUGACACCACUCCCAUUGUCCUGCUCAACGUGUAAUAAUGUUUUCACUCCAACUUGACGAUGAAAUAUUGCGUGGUGACAAAUGAUGUCACAGUUGGAAGAAGCAGACCGGGACCCAGGGGUGGGAAGUUGGGCUAUUGAAUCAAACUGCAAACUGAUUUUUGGACGUAGAUGCCUUUUAUAAAUAAUAACAACAACAAUAUGUUUUCAAACUCCUGCUUUUUGACUUGCAAAUGUAUGUUGCUUUAUUUGAAUGAGUUCCACAACCAUGCAAUUGUCCCAGUCAUCACCUUCUCCCGAUCCCCCCUGAAAAAAAAAGAAAGAAAACAAACCGCAGCAUAGAAACCUGCUCCCAAAUAUUUAUUAGCUGGCAAGUGAGACUGGGAACUUUCAAAUGGCCUUUUCUGUCCGCAUCAUUAGUCUUGGCUAAAUGUUUGGACCCAACCCCAAAUAUUCAAUUUUCAGGCAUAAAUUUUAUGGCCAGCUUGAUAAGAUUAUAAAGUGGUCUCGACAUGGUUCAUGUCCUAAAGGUCCGUAUUGUGUUUCCACGCAUCCAGAUUAAACCCAGCGCUUCUAUGGGGUUUUCAAUAGUUUGUGGGCUGCUGAGUUGCUUCCCAGCCUCUAAAUCUUCUCUGAAUUGUCAGUACUCCUCCUGUGACAUGGUGAGUGUUCCUGAGCAUCAACAGAGAUACACAUUUUCCCAAAGUCGCAUUAUGGUGCAUUACUUUCCCUUUGGAAUAACAAUAGUUGAUAAAAGAUCUUGUGCGUAGGUUUCAACAAAACACUGCUCUGGUGGAGCAGCAUCACAACAUGAAGCCAUUAACUUUACCCAAGGUCCUCAUCGCACCAUUCAUCACAUUGACGUCAUGGAUCCUCUCGUGAGUUAUUGCAUGCAACCUAUCAAAUACAACCUGAGCAGCAAACCCCACUAAGUCACACACACAGCUGUCAGCAGUGGUGAAUUGUUUUGCUGCAGUC